AUGUCCACCCUUCAGCUGCCCGCCCGGCGCUAUUCGGCCACCACCGUACGCGGUGGUCUCGGCCCUAAGGCCAACUGUACGCUCGAGAUCUGCCCGGUCGAGUUUUCCGUGUACGGCUACCGGCCUCGCUUGCCGCCAACAUCUCCUUCAUUGUCCUGUAUUUAUGCCGCCGCCGUCCAUAUCUAUCUCGGAGCACGGUGGAAGCAGUGGUGGUUCACAAGCUGCAUGAUCAUCGGCGCUGUCAACGCCAUCAUCGGCUACAUUGGGCGUGUCCUGAUGUACUACAGCCCUUUCGACUUUGCGGCUUUUGUCCUGCAAAUUACUACCCAGUUUGCAUUACAAACGGGCCGGGAUACUACUCCCCAAAUCUUCUACUACAUCAACAUCUCCUACGAUCUCUUCUCGCUCAUUGUCCAGGCGGCCGGCGGCGGGCUUUCGACAUCCACAAAGGGCCAGAGUCAGACGGGCGUGAACCUCGCCCUCGUCGGGCUGGCCUUCCAAGUCUAG